AUGGAAGGUGUAAUUGCACAAGCUGUUGUUGACAAACUUUCUGGGAUCAUAGCCCAGAAAGAGUCUGAAGAAAUAGCGCUGCUUUGCAACUUCAAAGAGGACUUUGAGUGGUUGAAGGCGGAGUUCACAAUUAUAAGUGAUGGUCUGGCAUGCGCAAAUUCACAGGCUGUGCAAGAGGAGCCGGUCAAAACAUGGCUGCACCACGUUCGGAACGUUGCCUGGGACGCAGAGGACAUUGUCGAAGAAUGUGCUGUUCGGCCUAUUUACACUAGCAAAUGGCGAAAAGAAUUCAAGAAGUCAAAAAAGCGAAUCAGAUCCGUUAUGGAAAGUGGACAGCAGCUUGAGCUUUUCCAAGCUAGAGUGCACCAGCCGUCAAGCAGUGCAGCGGGGGAAGCAGCGAGGAAGGAAAAUAGGCGCCUGCCCUUCGACUCACACCCUGUAGGGAUUGAGCCCAAACUUAAAAGCCUCAGGCUUAUGAUAGAUCAAUCAACUGUUCCAGUCAUUGCCGUGGUAGGGAUGGCCGGAGCAGGGAAGACAUUUCUUGUUCAAAAUGUUUUUGAGAGAAUCGACCAAGGUUAUGAGUACAAGAUUUGGCUUUCCAUCUCACAAUCAUAUACUGUUCGUCAAUUACAGAUGGAUUUAGCCUCGUACACGGAUGAAAUAGAUAAGCAGAAUUUGAACGAUUUAAGUGAAAACCGAAGAGCGGAGUUGAUUCAUGGGGCUUUACAAGGAAAGAAGUCUCUCAUCGUGCUGGAUGACGUCUGGAGGGCAGCCAGUGAGAAUAAUAUCAUUGAGAGACUUGGUCUUCCAAUUGCUCCUGAGAGCCAAUGUAAAGUUGUGGUUACAUCAAGAGAUAGGAAAAUUUGCGAAAAGCUUCGCAGUUUACUUUACAACGUGGAGCUUUUAUCAGAGGAAGAGAGUUGGCAGCUGUUCUGCGCUCAUGCUUUUGGAGGUGAACCCCCAGUUUACCUUCAAGAGAUAGCUCCUAAAGUUUCACAGAGAUGCGGGAACUUACCAUUGGCUCUCAAGAUAAUAGGAGCUUUGCACGGAGAUAAGAGAGUGGGAUUGCAAAGUCGAUCAGCUGCCGGAGAUGAGAGAAUAGAUGUUGAAUAUCCCAUAAAUCUAUGGAUAGCCGAAGGAUUCAUUCCUCAAGGAGAAGAUCAGUGGGCUGUAGCUUGGCAUUAUUUAGAUCAAUUGGCCAAUCUAUGCUUGCUUGAAGUAGAGGAGGAUGAGUAUCUAGUCAAACAUUGCAAGAUCCAUGACUUGGUGCUGGAUUUGGCAAUUGAUAUCUCCAAAGAAGACCAAUGUAAAUUUUGUGUUGAUGAUGACUUCAGAUCAGCGAGAAGAAUUUUACUUCGCAAGAAAGAGAUUGAGAAUAAGGACAUUGUAAAAGGGCGGGCUUCUCGUCCCAAGUCUCUUCGGACGCUGUCACUGUAUGAAACUCCCAUUGAAAUAAUUGAGAAAAAAUUCGUGAGCCCUAUGAGAUUAUUAAGGGUUCUCGAUUUGAGCAAAACUCAGAUCUCCACAUUGCCCCCUUGUGUUGGGAAGCUUAAAAUUCUCAAGCUUUUAAAUUUAUCACGAACAGGAACUAAAAAGCAUCUAAAUAUAAUUGGUUGCAAAGGUGACCUGCUGAGUCAAAUGCCGAAAGGAAUAUCAGAGCUGGUGGCUUUGCGGGUACUGAGAUCGAACAACUUGAAGCUCUCUUUUAAAGAGGAUGGGCUCCUAAAGUUGGAGGAUGUUGCUAAAUUAACCUGUCUUCAAGAGUUAAGAAUAGAAGUUAAGCAUGCAGUGGAAGACGGAACCUUUGCUCAGCAACUCGAGAUGCGCCAUCUGUCAGUUAAAUCUACUUUAUCUAGUGCAUCAGCUCAGCCGCCGAAUCUUUGCAGAAUGCGGCAUCUACAAACACUAAAACUCAAGAAAUUCGCUGUGCCGAAUUGGGUGUGUGCGCUACAUGAUCUAGCGCAUCUCGAAUUAGCUAACUGUGAAUGUCGCAAUUAUCCUGAAUUACAAGCAUUGCCUCACUUGGAAAAGCUGAUAUUAGAUGGUAAUAGAAGUUGUAAAUACGUCUCAGAUCUCCAGACUCUUCUUUCUCUCAGAAGCUGUAAAUUUUGGACAGCUUCUUUCUCUCUUGGCAUCACCAUUUUUCAAUUGUACUCAGAUCUCCCUGAUCUUCUAGCUUCUACGAACCAGACUCUUCAGGUUACCAUUGGCUCUGAUACCAAAAUUUACGUAGAAACAUGGGAGAGCAGAAAUAAAACAAAAACAGAGCAAACACAGGGCAGACAAAUAUAUCAACAUGUUACGUAG